GAUCCGAACCGGGGCCCUCUGGCAUCCCAAGCCAGCUCUUAACCAACGCGCCACUCAGCCAGCCCAUUUCUCUGGCUCUCUUUUAUGAGAGCACUUGUAAUUAGAUUUAGGGCCCACCCACAUAAUCCAGGAGAAUCUCCCCAUCCCAAGAUUCAUACUUUAAUCACAUCUGCCAAGACCUUUUUUCCUUAAAAGGUAACAUUUCCAGGUUCCUAAUAAUAAUAAUAAUUGGUGGCCAUUAUUCAGCCUACUACAAAAAACUUUACCAGUUUAACCAGCAUUCCCAAAUGAGAUAACUGUCUCUCACCUGUUUCUUUUUUCACUUGCUUUUUUUUAAUUAUAAAUGUUCAUUGUAGAUCAUUUAGAAAACAUAGAAAAAGUUAAAACAAACAAACAUAAAACCAGAAAGGAAAUUAAAUGAAAACCACCCAUAAUCCUCUUACCCAGGAAUAGCCAGUCCCUCAUCAAUGAGCAUUUUUCUAGGCGGGGUCUUGUGCCCAACAAAAAGGAAGAAUAGGAAAAAAGGAAUAAAAGUAAUCAGACUGGAACAAGCAACUUGGAAGGUAAUGAAAAUAUUUCUCAUAAUGGAUAUGUACAGGGCAGCCUAAUUUAAAGUGAAUGUAGAGCUUUAAAAUGAAAUUAAACAGGACAGGAGGUGCUUGUAUGAUAUAUGGAAAUGACACUCAGUCUCUUAGAGGUGCGAAGUUUAGCUUUGGCCCCUCACUUGAAAACCUCUGAAUUGUCCCACUCAUUCACUCGCAGAAGUCCGACCCUGGCCUGCUAAUCUGCCCUGUCAUAGGCUUAUUUUUUUUUUUGAGUCCUUAUCAGCCUUCCUCAGUGGGUCAAUGUUAUGAAGCCUGGGGAAGUCUGGCAGAGUUUCUGCUCCUCCCAGGCUGAUAUCAAAGGGCAACAGGGACUGUGACAGACAGCAAGCAUUCAGACCAAAACCAGAUGUGGAACUGAAACAGCAAGGGCAGCAAGAGCAUCAGAAACAACAUUUCUGUCCUGAUUCUUUAUGGGGAUCCUCUUCUGUCACUGUUGGAGAACCGAGGGGCAGCUGAGAUGCACAGUCUCAAGACCAAUACGGAAAUGCUCUAUCCUGAGACAAUCGUAGACGUGGGCAGAGUGACUUUUGGAGAAGAGAAGAGGAAGAAGAUGGCCAAUAACUACUUGAAAAGAACUGAGAAUUCUAAAAUCAUCCGAGCUACCUGUGCACUGUUAAAUUCUGGAGGGGGUGUGAUCAAUGCGGAGACUGAUGAUAAAACCUACAGUUACCAAUGCCAUGGGCUGGGACAUGAUCUGGAAACUUCUUUUCAAAAGCUGCUUCCUUCAGGUUCACAGAAAUACCUUGACUUCAUGCAGCAGGGGCACAACCUCUUGAUUUUUGUGAAGUCAUGGAGCCCGGUUGUUUCCAGCCUUCCCCUCAGGAUCUGCAGCUUACGCUCAAAUUUAUAUCAGAGAGAUGGGACUUCUGCCAUCAACCUGAGUGCCAGCAGUGCCCUGGAGCUUCUCAGAGAGAAGCAAUCUAGAGCCCAAAGAGGAAGAUCAAGGGUGAGGGAGCUACAUCCUCAGGUGCUUGACAGAAGCAUUCAGGAAGAGGAAGAUAUAAGGAUGUCUGCCUCAGAAUUCUUUAAAAGGGACAGACUCGUGUAUAAAGAGAAGCUCAGCUUUACUGAAUCAACACAUGUUGAGUUUAAAAUGUUCACCACCAAAAAGAUUGUCCCUCGGAUUAAAGAAACGCUGUCUCAUUAUGUUUCUGCAUUUGCCAACACCCAGGGGGGAUACUUAAUUAUUGGGGUGGAUGAUAACAGCAAAGAAGUAUUUGGAUGUACGAGAGAAAAAGUGAACCCUGACUUACUAAAAAAAGAAAUAGAAAACUGCAUAGAAAAAUUGCCAACGUUCCAUUUCUGCUGUGAGAAGCCAAAGGUGACUUUCACUACCAAAAUCUUGGAUGUAUACCGAAAAGAUGCCCUGUAUGGCUAUGUCUGUGUGGUUAAAGUGGAGCCCUUCUGCUGUGUAGUAUUCACAGAGGCACCGGAUUCCUGGAUCAUGAGGGACAAUUCUGUGACGAGGCUGACAGCUGAGCACUGGGUGGCCAUGAUGCUGAAUAUUCAGCCAGACUACAGCAGUUCCCUGAUCUCAACAGCUUCGUCUGUACCAAGAUGCACGUCGUAUCCCAUAAAACUCCUGGAAUUUAAAGGGGUUCUACAACAACGUUUGUUUCCAGUGCCACAGGAAGAGAUACAAUUUAAACCAGAGUCCCUCUGUAAGAAGCUAUUCUCAGAUCAUAAAGAACUGGAGAAAUUAAUGAAGAUGCAGAUACGUCCUUGUUCUCAAGGGAUUGUGAUAUUUUCUAGAAGCUGGGCUGGUGAUAUUGGCUUACAGAGACAGCGGGAUGUCCUGUGUGAUGCUCUCCUAAUAGCAGUGAACAGCCCCCUGGUACUCUAUACAAUCUUCAUACACCCCAGUAUGAGUGAAGGGCUUGAGUAUGCCCGAAAUACUGCUCAUCAGUUAAAGCAGAAACUGGGAACUGUUGGUGGCUACACCGGGAAAGUGUGUGUCAUUCCAAAGCUGAUGCACCUGCCCGGCACACAGUGUGAACCCUGUGAAAUCCCAAUGUACUACCCCCAGUCCUACCAGCUUGCUAACAAGGAGGACAUGGAAGACUUGUUGCAGGCCCUUAUCGUGGUCUCGCUGUGCUCGAAAUCCCUUCUGAGUGACCAGCUGGGCUGUGAAUUUUUCAACUUGCUCAUAGCAGAGCAGUGUGAGCAGCUUUCAAAGAACCUUCAGGAGACACGAGAAUUGUUCAUCCACUGCUUUCCAGGAACCAGGAAGACAGCCAUAGCCAUAAAGAUCAUGGAGAAAAUUAAGGACUUUUUCCACUGCAAUCCAAAAGAGAUUCUCUAUGUUUGUGAAAGUGACUCCUUAAAGGAUUACGUGGCCCACCAAAGCACCUGCCAAGCUGUGACCCGGAAAACCUUCAUGCAACGGGAGUUCCUAAAGAUCAAACACAUAGUGAUGGAUGAGACUGAGAAGUUCUGCAGUCAGUAUGGUGACUGGUACAUGAAGGCUAAGAGCAUCACCCAUCCAAAGGUGAAGGGGGCUGGAAGCGAAAACCUUCCCCAUGGGGCUCUCUGGCUUUUUCUGGACCCUUUCCAAGUCCAUCGCACAGAUGUCAGUGGCCUUCCCCCUCCAUCUGCUCAGUUUCCUCGUAAAACAAUCACCAAUGGGAUCCACUGUUCUCUGGAAAUAGCAACGGUCAUGAAACAAGAAAUGAAGAGGAUCAAAGAAAAUCGUCCCUCCAACCUGUGUCCAGACACACUGGCAUUGUUCAGGGAAGCUGCCUACGAGGAAGCAAUGUGUGCUCAGGCUCUGCCUGGGGUGUGUGAGAUAGAGACUAACCUGACAACAAAAGAAAUGGCCAACCGCGUGGCAGAAAGAUGUCACAACCUGUUCCAAUAUGGCUAUCUGCCCAAAGAUAUAGCAAUUCUGUACAGGAGAAGAGAGGACAGAGAACACUAUGAACCUGCCCUGCUAAAAGCAAUGAAAAUAACUGAGACCCACGGAGCAACGGGAGUUGUGUUCAGCCAGGCCUCUGGUAUUUUGGACAGUCACAUCAUUUUUGACAGUAUCCAGCAGUUUGCAGGCCUGGAGAGGAAUAUCGUGUUUGGGCUGAGUCCAGAAUGCGACCUGUCAGAGGAAACGCAUAAGCUCUGCUUUGCCUCAAGAGCCAUUAAACACCUCUACCUCCUUCAUCUAUGCUUGUCCAAAGACUUCGAAUCUCAACUGAGUCUGUCUAGCAGUCCUCCUCUUAUCAGACCUGUGUACUUCCAGAAAGGCCUGGAACAUAAGAAGACUCUCCAGAAACGGUUAUUUUCAGUGACACCAGGAGAUUUGCAGUACACCCCCAAGUCCCUCUGGGUGGAGCUGUGCUCAGAGCAUGAAGGUCUGGAGGAAUUAAUAAAUAAGCAAAUGCAGCCUUUCUCCCAGGGAAUUUUGAUCGUUUCUAGAAGCUGGGCUGUGGACCUGAACUUGCCAGAGAAGCAGGAAGUCAUCUGUGAUGCUCUGCUGAUAAAAAAGAACAGCCCCCCCAUUCUCUACACCAUUCUCAGGGAGCAAGAUGCACAUGGGCAGUCUUACUGCACCCGUACCGCCUUUACUUUGAAGCAGAAGCUGGUGAACAUGGGGGGCUACACCGGAAAGCUGUGUGUCAUGACCAAGGUCCUCCAUCUGAGCCCUGAGAGCAAUGCAGAGACCUCUGAAGGUUCAGGCUCUCUGAUUAAUUACCCUAAGUCCUAUCACCUUGCACACACCCAGCAGAUGGAAGCCUUGCUGCAAUCCCUCGUGAUUGUCUUGCUCAGCUUCAGGGCUUUUCUGAGUGACCAGCUUGGCUGUGAGAUUUUAAAUCUUCUCACAGUCCAACAGUAUGAGAUCAUCUCAAAAAACUUUCCCAGAAACAAAAAACUGUUUAUUCAUGGCUUACCUGGCUCAGGGAAGACAGUCAUGGCCAUGAAGAUCAUGGAGAAAAUCAAGAAUAGUUUGGGCUGUGUAAAACAUGAAAUUCUCUAUGUUUGUGAGAACCAACUUCUGAGGGACUAUAUCAGUAAUAAAAAUAUCUGCUGUGCAGUGACCCGGAAAACCUUCAUGAGUAAUAAUAAUUUUGAAAAGAUUCAACACAUCAUCAUUGAUGAAGCUCAGAAUUUCCGCACUGAAAAUGGGCCCUGGUAUGAGAAGGCAAAAUGCAUCACUCAGAGAAGAAAGGAUUGCCCAGGAUUUCUCUGGAUCUUUCUGGACUACUUUCAGACCAGUCACACGGAUGUCAGUGGCCUCCCACCUUUCUCAGCCCAGAAAUCAAGAGAAGAGCUCACCAAAGUGGUUCGCAAUGCAGAUGAAAUAGCCAACUAUUUACAAGAUAUAAUGGAGGAGGUCAGAAAAAAUCCACCAUAUAACAUCCCUCCUGAGUCCCUGGAGAUGCUCUGUGAAGCUAAGUGGGCUCAGGGUGUUCCAGGCAAAUGCAUCAUUAAUAAGUGCUUGAAUAUGAAGGAGAUAGUGACCUAUGUAGCAGAGGAGUGCCAGGUUUUCUUGAGGGCUGGUUAUUCCCCUGAGGAUAUUGUAGUGCUUUUUAGUACAAAAGAGGAAAUGCAAAAAUAUAGUGAUGAGUUUUCAAAAGCAAUGAGGAAGAGAAGAAUGUCUCAGAGCAAUACUACCUCCAUUUUAGCCAAUAACAUCAUGUUGGAGAGUAUUCGUCGAUUUUCAGGCCUGGAAAGAAACAUUGUGUUUGGGAUCAACCCAAGAGCAGCUGAGCCAGAUAUUUUCUACAAUCUUCUGCUCUGUCUGGCUUCUAGGGCCAGGAAACAUCUGUAUAUUCUGACGCUUUCUGAAGACCUCAAUUAAAGAAGAGUUGAUAGAGAAAAAAUAUUCCCUCUGUCCCUACAGUUUCAGAAAAUGAAUGACUGUUCUUUUUCUGAACCAUAAAAGCAUUAUUUCUAACAAUGGACCUUUGUAAGGUAACUGGCUUUAGAGUUGUUGCUAUAUUUUGUAAAAGGAACGUCUAAAAACUCUAAUUCUCUAUGUUCCCAACAGAGGUGUCACAUGUCACAGUGCUUUCAGAAGACUCUCCCCAGUUGUGUGUCUGCAUUUUCAAACACUGAAGGAGGGUAUGAAUGUUGCAGGGUGUGUGAUGAGAUCCAUCAAGUCAUUGGACAUGAAAAAGAGAAAGUAGAUCUUACCACCUUGAGGGCCUCUACUGAUGACUUCAUUAAGAAGUUAAACCUGUCCAUCAUUUCUGUACGCAGAAGUGUCCUCACCAGCACUUGUUUCCUCCACUCCCUUUGAGUCCAUCUGGCUGACAUCAGCUAGGGUCUGGCUUUGGACCUACCCCACCACAGAGUACCUGGUCCCUCCAAGGAAUCUGAGCUCACACCAAAAUAACAGGACAUCCUUGUACCAAACUACUUAACAAGGAAAUCAACAAAAUGCAUUAGAUGUCACUGGAAGCAGACUUCUUAGAAUAGUUGCACCAAGAAUUUAAAAUAAAUGUAUUAAUAAAUAUGCUAAAAGAGAUGAGAAGGUAUUAGAAAUGUAAAUGGGAAUGAAAAUAAUAAGCACCAAAUAGAACCAUUAGUAUGAAAAAUAUAAAAAAAUAUAAUAAAUGAAAUAAAGAACCCAAGAGAUGAGAUAAAGCUUAGAAUAAAUAAAAGUGAGAUAUUAAUUUCCUGAGUUAGAUUAUUAGAUUGAGGACCUCCCAGAAAGAAGUAGGAAAUGAUAAAAUAUUGAAAAUAUAAAGGAAAGUUAAGGGCUGGCUGAGUAUCCUGUUGGUUAACAGUUG